GUUUCCUCACCAGGUGUGUCGCUCUUCGCAUUAAGUGCCUUGGUCCUUCCUGGACAGUUUUCCGACUACCUGGAUGUGAUUAAGUCGCUCAGCCUGGGACCCGCUCUAAUUUAUUCUGCCAAGUUUGCCUUGGCCCUUCCUGUAACCUACCACACCUGGAAUGGGAUUCGGCAUCUGGCCUGGGACAUGGGCAUCGGUUUCAAGAUACCCCAGUUGUACCAGUCGGGUGCCCUGGUUCUCAUCCUGACGGUUUUCUCUUCCCUUGGGAUCGCAGCCAUGUGAAGAGACACACCUCCCCUGCUCACUCCCCAACUUCCUUCCUUAAAUUUUGCACACACCCACACCCACACACACACACACCACAAAAGUUGGUUCAAUCCAGGACUUCGGUUUGUUAAUUAGAAAAAUAAUGGGAUUGGGCUGAAAUCGGCCAAAUUCAUAUUUAUGACACAGUUGUAAUCCGACGGAGGCCAUUCUCCUUGGAUCCUGCUAGGACAGGGGUCUUCCAACUUGACAGCUUUAAGGCUUGUGGACUUCAACUCCCAGAAUCCCUCCUCCUCCUCCAGUCAUGUUAGCUCAGGAAUUCUGGGAAUUGAAGUCCACAAGUC